ACCUUAAUUCGUUCCGAACAGCCGGUUCAGAUACCAGCUCUCGAUUAAACAGAGCAUAGAGCUAGUGCUUGCGGUUGCCUCCAAACCGAUCAACAUGUACGGUAUGUUGUUGGAAAGUGUUCAGUAUUUUAUUCAGCUAGAAUAUGGCGAAGAAAUUUGGCAACGAGUUUUGGAACAAGCCAAUUGCAAAUACAUUUCGUUUGAAACACAUAAAGUGUACUCGGACAACGUGAUGGCAUCUCUGGCUGCAGCCUGUGCCGAAGUCACGACGGCUUCGUACGAUAGCUUCAUGAAUUUUUUCGGGCGCUGUUUCGUGCGAUAUUUCUCGAAUUUGGGUUACGAUGUGACUGUGAAAGCAACCGGGCGAUUCUUCACGGAUUUUCUCCAAAGCGUUGACAAUAUCCACUCACAGUUUUGCUUCACUUAUCCAAAAAUGAAAAGCCCCUCAAUUUAUUUAACCGACAUUGAUUCAGGUGGUUGCGUUUUGGUUUACAGAAGCUCAAGACAAGGGUUCACUCAAUACGUCAUGGGUCAAUUGCAACAAAUCGCGCAAGAUUUUUAUAAUCUCAAACUAAAAGUCCGCGUUUUGGAAAAAGCCAGCUCUGCUGCCGGCACCAAAAGCACGGUAAUUGUGACUUACAGACUCGAUUUCGAUAACAAGCCAUAUAUGCAAUACAAAGCGAAACGAACGUCGUUUAACGAAUUCAUUCGAUUAUCGCCAUUUCCGUGCUCCCUCCUGUUGGAGUUAUUCCCGUUCGGGUUAAUAAUAAACCCGAAUAUGAAUAUAAUGGGACUGGGCGAGAAAUUAUCCGAAAUAUGGAAAGGCAAGGAAGAUUUUCUCAACAAACCUGUCGGCUUUUACUUCAAGCUGAGGCGUCCUAAAGGAAUCACAUUUUUAUGGAAAAAUACACGCAAUUUGGAGUCAGUCAUGUUUGAACUGGAGUGCAACCGCGGCGCGAAUAAUUUCACCAAAACUGAGAGCAAAACUGACGCAAAUCGGGCCGCCUCCCCCGAACUCAAAAACCUGCUCCUGAAGGGUCAAAUGAAAUUCGUUAAAGACAUCAACGCCAUUAUUUUCCUCUGCAGUCCGAUAAUUAAUGAUCUGGAUGAGUUACCGGAGCAAGGUUUGUAUCUCAACGAUUUGAACCAACACGGCUUGAGCAAGGAGAUGGUGUUGGCCGGCUGGCAACACAACUCCAAACUCGAAAUUAUGUUCGAUAAAGAGGCGCAAAGGUCGGAUGAGUUGGAGAAAAGUUACGAACUUUUAGACACUUGGAAACGCAGAGGUGAUGAUCUUUUGUACUCCAUGAUUCCUCAAACCGUCGCUGAUCGAUUACGCACCGGAAACUCUCCUUUGAGCACUUGCGAAUCGUUUGAAGCCGUCACGAUUCUUUUUUGCGAGCUGGUCGGGCUGUCCUCUGAAACGGUGAAAGACGCCAUGCAAGUGGUCUCAACAAUGAACACGGUUUUUUCGUGUUUUGAUUCACUCAUGGACAAAUUUGGCGUUUAUAAAGUCGAAACUGUUGGUCAGAUCUACAUGGCCGUUAGUGGGGCCCCUGAAAGGACCCCAAAACACGCCGAAAACAUCGCAUCCCUAUCGUUUGAAAUGCUAAAACAAACCGACGAGAUUAAGAGUCCAGAUGGUGCAAAAGUCAAUAUCAGGAUCGGAGUUCACUCAGGCCCUGCUGUUGCCGGAGUUGUGGGGAUUAAAGUCCCCCGUUACUGUUUUUUCGGAGAUACGGUUAACACAGCCUCCAGAAUGCAGUCCACAAGCUCACCCGGAAUGAUUAACAUUUCAGCCGACACUAAAAACCUGCUGCCGCCGAAACAAUACGUUAUCAAAAAUCGCGGAAAAGUCAAAGUUAAGGGGAAGGGUGAGUUAGAAGCGUUUUGGCUUUUGAAUUUCGUGUUGGCCGGUUUCGUGGCCGCUGCACCCCGAAACUCGGACUGUGACUGCGUGUGCGGAGUGAGCAACAGGCAAAUGCGAGUGGUCGGCGGAAAUAUUACGAAAGUCCACGAGUUUCCUUGGAUCGCAGGACUAGGCAAAGGUGGCGAAUUCCACUGUGGAGCCACUCUGAUCACGAGGAGGCAUCUAUUGACUGCUGCGCACUGCGUCAACGGAUUUGCAGUGAAUGAAUUCACUGUGGUCCUGGCGGACCAUGACCGUGACUCCCAGGACCGCUUCUCGACGAUCAUCGUCCGAGGAGUCAAAGGGAUCAAAGAGCACGAAGCUUUCGACGCUUUCAGCUACAACAACGAUAUUGCCAUCAUCGAGCUGGACGAGCCCGUCGACUUCGACGCCCACGUGCAAACCGCCUGUUUGCCGGUCACCGGAAACGAGGAUUACUCCGGGAAAACGGCGGUCGUGGCCGGCUGGGGGCGCCUGGGGGAGAAAGACAAGCCGUCCCGAGUGUUGCGAAAAGUCGCAGUUCCGGUGUGGUCCAAAGAGGACUGUUACAAAUCCGGUUAUGGCGAGAAAAAAAUUUCCGAAAAUAUGUUCUGCGCCGGGUUUCCCGAAGGCGAAAAGGACGCCUGUCAGGGCGACAGUGGAGGGCCGCUCCACGUGGCGAACUCCAACGGAGACAUGGAGAUAAUCGGGGUGGUGUCCUGGGGCCGCGGCUGUGCCAGGCCCAACCUGCCCGGAAUUUACACCAAAAUCGGGAAUUAUCUGGACUGGGUUCAGGACGCCCUCAACGGGGAGUGCCUGUGCCCGCCGCCGAGACACAACCCCCGACGGGCUUGAAGAAUGCCAAACUUAACUGUGCCAAAAAAUGUGCCAAAGAUUAUGUAAUAAAUAGAUACGAAUUGAA